AUGGCAGAGGCCCCAACAAUGACAUAUUAUGGACUAAAAAACAGCUCAGUGUGUCUGAAUGUUAAGAAAUUGCCAGAAUAUGAACGUGUCGAAUGGAAAUUUAACACGACAAUUAUUGCUGAUGAUAGAAAAAUCAAUCCAAAAUACACAGACAGAGUGACUUAUAGUGCUGGAAACCUCUCCCUGUGUAUUAAAAACCUGGCUGAUACAGACGCUGGCAUAUAUGAACUCUCACUCAGCCGUGACUUCAUUUCAGUGUCAGAGAAACAUCAAGUUAUUGUUCAAGAUGUGGUUCCCAGACCUGUCAUUAUAAUGUCAAACUUUAGCUCCAACCAGUCUGCUGGACUCUGCAGUAUCACAGUAAACUGCUCCAUCCAGGGUUAUUGGCUUUGGUCUGUUUGUGAUGAAGACGGCUGUAGAACAUCCCAGAAAUCAUUCAGUGAGGUCAACAUCACCAUCUUCACUGAGAACAGAGCUGUGGUCUGCAGAGGCAACAACCAUGUUAGCACAAAUAAAGCUUCUCAAAGCUUAAUGUUUAAAACAAAAUACAAAUCCUACCAGUCUAGAGCCUCGUCUUCCAAUGAUCCUGACCCUGUUUAUGAGAGUGUGGACGUCUUUCAGUCCAGCCAGACCAGCAGCUCAAGACAGGAAAUGAUCUCCAUGGAAAGCCACAAAGCAGAUACCAUCUACACCUGUCCAGAAGUGACGGUCUGCUCUGGCAACAACACACAAAGUACUUCAGAGACUGCCACCAUGGAGAAGGCACAGGCCUCCAAACAGAUUGACUCAAUUUACAGCAUGUUGCAGAAUUAA